AUGAUGGCCAAAAUAGAAAUUGUAGAAUGGAGGCCAGGUAAUGCAGCAGACGAAGGAACGUUUAAAACGCUCUCAAUUUUUAAAAUUCCCAUCUUAUUUUCAGGCACAUGUAGAAUGGUCAUCUCCUUCGUUGAAAACGAAAAGCAAGAAUGUGUCGUCAACAAUUAUACCCAGUUUCUUGUCGCUAUGGCUUCUGUGGAAAGAGCUUUAGCGAAGGCCGAAAAGAAGAAGCUUCACGUUGAAAUUGGCUCAACGUUGUAUCAAUUGCCAUGGCUAACCGUUAAGAAUGCGCAAAACGUGGGGAGGGCGAUAAAAGGCAAAGAUAUUCAUCUAAAUCACAUCGUAAUUAUUGACAUCUUUCAGCCCUAUCUCCAAAGAUCAAUAUUGAUUUGCACAAUCUCAGCUGGUGGCAUCGUCGAUCCCAUAUACGGUUCCUUCCGCUGCUAAAAGAGCUUGGACCAGCCCUGAAUUCCGUGAACUGCGGUGUCGAAGAUCUCCCAUUAUUUGAAGGAUGCAAUAUUACUACAGUCAAUAUAUCUGAACGAGCGAAGCCUUCCGUGAGACCGGCGCGGGGGAAACUGAAGCCUUUUUGGUGUAAGUUACAAAUUUAAUAAGGUAGAAGGAAUUUGACUGCCAUUGCAGAUAUCCAGCCAUUGUUUCGGAUAAACGCGGCAAACUAUAUCUGCGAGAGCUCUUUGUUUUUACAUCAACUUGUAUAUAGUCGGUGAGUUUUUGCUUAAAGUUUACAAGAAGAUUACCGGCAGGGAGCUGCUCCUUCCAGCACGGGAACUGGGACGAUUGGGGAAACCGAAAAGUAUUAUUUUUCUUUUAAUGCAAGUGUUGGAAUUAGGAUAAUCAAGGGUGCUGAUUUCGAAAAUGACAUUCAUUUUUUUGGUCUUGAAUUUUUUCCGGUACAUGAAUAGGCCAUAUUAAUUUUUGAAAGUUUUAGCUCGCGUUUUCAAAGGAUAGCCGAGAUAUUCAGCGAUCUUUGCUGUGUGCGAAACGCGGAGAGCGGUCGGAGAGAAAAAACUCUGGCCAUUUUUUUGCCGGUUAAUUGAUUUUUUUCUAGAAACAUUACCUUCUUCGGUAGUAAGAGACAUGAAACUUCAUCAACUCCUGUUCCAGUUUAAUUUUCAACUCUUAAAGCAUGUCAAGGCUUAAAUUUCAGACUUCCUAUUCAAAAGAAAACGGGUUUGUUCAAUUGCUCGAUAAGUUUUGACCCAUGGCCGGAAGAUAUGUUCGAACAGGUCUUCUACGAGAUCUCUCAAGCGUUUCCAAACCUCAAACGUCUGCAACUAAAGAGUCGAGUGGUCUCAGGGAAUUCAGCUGUAAGUCUCAACCGUAUAUGUAAGUAAUCAUAGGCUUCUCAGAUGAUCAAAUAUCGUCAAGGAAUCAUCUCUAAACAUUUGGACCGAAUAUCCGCGGUUUGUCAAUGGCCUACUCAAAUCGAUAUCAACUUUGUGACCGAGUGCACGGACUGCGACGCAUUUGCUAAGCCUUCGACUUUCAAAAUGUUAGAGGAGGUUGAAGGAGCCACAACGGAAUGGGAGGAUCAGCGAGAGUUAAAAUUAAAACAUGCUCGAGGAAACAUCACUUUAUUUAUUACGUUUGAUUGUGUAUACCACAUGAAUGACAGUGAUGAUGAGUAA